CUCAGUAGGUGCGCAAAGUGUGGGAAUUGACAGUGCCGUGGCUUUCAGAACUACAAGUUGUCUUCUAGUAUUAUUAAAAAUAAAGACUUUACAACUGAAGUAGCUCGACAGAACUGAGAUGUUACAGUUUAGGGCUUCAAUUGUGCUGAAGGAGUUGAUUCAAACCAGCCCUAAGCGUUUGUUGUCGGACAUUAUUAGACAUAAAAAGACUUUACCAAACGCGUACUGCUUCAGCGCUGCUAAUAAUGGCAGAAUAUCUAAACUAAACAUUGUCCACAAUGGAAGGUGUUUCAUUCAGCCUUUAGCUGGGAGAAGAUUCCUAUGUACAAAGACCGAGGGAGCGAUUGAACCCACAGAGACCGUGAAGAAAGAUGAGACCGUCCAGGAAGCGGCGGCAGAUAAGAGAAGGAAGGCUGGCAUUUUGCCCAGCUUGGAGGACCUGCUGUUUUACAGUAUUGCUGAAGGCCAGGAGAGGAUCCCAGCUCAUAAAUUCAUUACAGCACUGAAGGCCACUGGACUUCGCACUGGAGAUCCACGGCUCAAAGAAUGUAUGGACAUGUUGAAAGUCACCCUCAAAUCUACAUCAGAUGGAGUAAUGCUGGACAGACACCUGUUCAAAAAGUGUGUCCAGAGCAACAUUGUUCUGCUAACGCAGGCUUUCCGGAAGAAGUUUGUCAUCCCUGAUUUCCAGUCUUUCGCCUCUCACAUCGAUACACUUUAUGAAAAAGGUCGAAAUCUUUCUGGCGGGCUGGUUGCUGACUACAUUCCCCAACUUGCCAAGUUCAGCCCAGAUCUGUGGGCUGUUUCCCUUUGCACAGUAGAUGGACAAAGACACACAGUUGGUGACACUAAAGUGCCAUUCUGCCUGCAGUCGUGCGUAAAGCCGCUGAAGUACGCUAUAUCCGUGCAUGACCACGGAACUGAAUAUGUGCACCGUUUCAUUGGGAAAGAGCCCAGUGGCUUACGCUUCAACAAGCUCUUCCUAGAUGAGGACGAUAAACCACACAAUCCAAUGGUGAAUGCUGGUGCGAUCGUGUGUACUUCUCUAAUAAAGCAAUUAGCAGGCAAUGCUGAGAAGUUUGAUUAUGUCAUGAACUUUUUGAAGAAGAUGGCAGGAAAUGAAUAUGUUGGUUUCAGCAAUGCCACAUUCCAGUCAGAGCGUGAGUCAGGAGACAGGAAUUUCGCUAUUGGCUACUACCUGAAAGAAAAGAAGUGUUUUCCAGAUGGUACAGACAUGACGGCUGUUCUGGACUUGUACUUUCAGCUGUGCUCCAUCGAGGUCACGUGUGAGAGUGCCAGUGUCAUGGCUGCCACGCUGGCCAACGGCGGCUUCUGUCCAAUCACAGGCGAGCGUGUGCUGAGUCCUGAAGCUGUGCGAAACACCCUCAGCCUCAUGCACUCCUGUGGCAUGUAUGACUUCUCCGGACAGUUCGCCUUCCAUGUGGGUCUUCCGGCCAAGUCAGGUGUGUCUGGAGGUAUUCUACUGGUUGUGCCCAAUGUGAUGGGCAUCAUGUGCUGGUCUCCUCCACUGGACAAACUUGGCAACAGUGUGCGGGGCAUCCAGUUCUGCACGGAUCUGGUGUCCUUGUUCAACUUCCACAACUAUGACAACCUGCGGCACUUCGCCAAAAAGCUGGACCCUCGGCGGGAAGGCGGAGACCAGCGGCAGCACACCUUCGGACCGAUGGAUUACGAGAGCCUUCAGAAAGAGCUGGCUCUCAAAGACACUGUGUGGACUAAAGUGUCGCCCACUGAGUGCAAUGAGGACAGCUCCACUACUGUAGUCUAUAGGAUGGAGACUGUUGGAGAUGGCAACUAAAAAUGGACCAGACGCAUCUCAUUCACAAGCAGAUAUUUAUGUAAAUUAACAGUUAUUUAUUGUCACUGGUUCUCAUUCGGGUCUCGUUUGUAUGAUUCUUCACUAUAGGGUCAAUGUAUUAUCUCUCUCUCUCUCUCUGUUGGGGAAUAUGAAUGACUCUGGAUAUAGCUCUUACACCUUGGCUUAUGCCUAAAAGAGGUUUAUUCUUCACUUGGCUUAGUUGCGGUUUGAUUUAUUGGGGUUUUAUUCACUUGGUAAGUGUUUUUAGUGGAGUUCAGGAUUGGCUGCUGAACAGAGACGGCUGGUGCUUGUGUUUUGCACUGUGAUAGGUUGAAUGUUGUGGUCAUGCGUUAUUAAACGUGACGUCGGUGAGGCCUUAAACUACAGUACGAUCAGAUUCAAUUUCUCUGAAACGUACUGUAGUAGUAGGAAGUAUUAAACAGAUACAUUAGGCUUUAAGGGUGACCUUCAUGUUUAUGUUAAAAAGGGUAAAAAUGCUUGGUUAGUAAUCAAAAUUGUUGUCUAUCUGACUUGUGUUUGAUGUUUUAAAUCUUCUGAAUGACAAGGAAAGGGAUAGAUCAACCAAAAAUGAAGAUAUUUUGAAGAAUGUUGGCAACUGGUAGCCACUGAGUUUUUGAUGUAUUGCUUUUAUCCCUUAUAUGAUGUUUUUAGCCAUCAAAGAUGAUAUAACACCUAUAUAUAAUAUCCUUAAGAACUUUCCAUCUGACUUGUGUGCAGUAUUUUCUGAAGUUUGAGGUUUUUGUCAGGACAAAAUAAAAAGUAAGUUGUCAUUGUGAAUCUUUGGAAAACAGCAUACAAUAUUUUAUCCCGACAGUAUGAAUUCAGUCAAUAUUUAACUCAUUUUUCACCUUCAUGUCGCUUUGAACUUGUAUGGUGAUGUUUCUUAAAGAAUCUUCAUGCAACACUUUUCCAUGCAAAUUAAGAGCCGCUUUAUAGCAACUAAAAGGACAAUAAAAUAACCAUAAAACUUGUCCAUAUGUCCUGUGUGUAGUAUCGCUAGUUUUCCAAAGCCAAUAUGCUCUUUUUCAAGAAAACAGCUAAUAUUUAAAGUCGUCAUGAAUCAAAAAUGUAACCCUUUGAGGUCUGGAGAGCUGAAGAAGUUGUGAUAUUUGUGCAUAUAAACAUAUGAAUAGCUAAAUCUGGUGAUCAUUUUUACAGAUGAGAACAAGUUGUCAGAAAGCAUAGCCUAAGUAGAUCUCAAAGAACAUUAUAUAGCUUUCAAACAUGCCCUUUAUGACAUGAUGAAAUUCUUAUUAACUGAUCAUGUGGUGCCAAUUUGACUAAAAUGCAUCAUUACAGGUUCAUAUCAAAAUUAUUUGUGUAUUUUCAUAUUAAAAUUCAUGUUCACAGUCUACAGCAGACAACUAUGUUAUCAAAACAAAAGGCUUUGGAUGAUGCCACUAAUGACAAUAUUUAUAUGGAUUAAUCUAUCAACAAAUUUAUUGAUUAUUUGACUAAUCUAAGAUUUAUUUUAUGCCAUAAAUCACAAAUUUUUCUUCAUUUUAAUGGACUUAAUUUUAAUGCAAAUUUGAAUGGUGCAAUGUGCAAAAAAGUUGUUAUUUUUGUCAAAGUAUGAAAGAAAAAAACGUUUUCAAAUAUAAAAUACAAAAUCAUAAAUCGAUUAAAAAAUAUUGAUGUUGACAAAUUAUCAGCAUCGCCCAAUCAAUCAAUUGUAUUGAAAGUUCACAGCAGCGCAAAAACUAGUCCCACACAUAUAGGCCUGUCAAGAUAAAGAAUUUUUGUUGUGCGAUAAAUUGUCACUGAAAUUGUUGCAAUACAUGAGAUAAUUGUCAUUUUGAGAUCAUUUUAUGCCACUGAUUUUAUAAUUAUGAUUAUAUAACAGUAUAUAAUUGUAUAAUAAUAAUAAUGCAUAUUAUUAUUAUUAUAAUAUAACAGCAUAAUAAUGCAAAUAAUUUAAAAUGUGUGUCAUUCCUAAGAUUAUUUAGAUUCUAUAAGUUCAUGUUAAAGAGGUAAAUGUCCUAUUAUAUUAUACUAAAAAAUGUCCUAUUAGGUAAAUCUCCAAAUAUAACCUUUGAAACUGGUGAGUUAGAAUAUAAAUGUCAUUGUAAAAUGGCUUAAAUGUUAUUUGUGUAUUUGUAAAUAUAUACUACAAGGGUAAAAAUUAUUAAGCUCAUCUCCAAGUAUUGCACAAUAUGUCAAUAUGUUGAUUAUUGUGACAGACCUACACCCACAGUAGUGAUUCUGGGACAAAAAAAAACUGCUAAAUGUCUUCAGAUGAAAAAUCUGAACAAUGACUAUAAAUAUAAUAACUGACUCAGGGUCCACUGAAUUAUAAAAUAAUGCACACUUCAGGUGGAGAUGCAGCCAUAAUGCAUAGAGUCGGGUAUGUUCGCUCAUAGUUAUUCCUUACAAUUUUUUAACAUUUUAACCCUACUUCUGGGUUCGUACGUUUUAACCAAAUUUGAGUUGAAAUGACCCAGCUUUUUUAAGGAGUGAACAAAUCACACUAUAAAAAACAAUAUGAUAAAAAGUCAUAACAAAUGUUUUUAUGUUACUUUAACUCAUUUUAAUCAGGUAAACAGGUUUCAGCUUAAUAUUUUUAGUCAGUUUGACUAAUGUUGAGUUGAGAUGACUAGAAAAGUUCAUUUGAUUCAACUAAUAAAUUCUAGGCAGCAAGAUUCUUUUUUACAGAGUACAGUGGUCAGCACACUGUAAAAAGCGAUUAGUUACUUAAAGCAAGUAAACCAAUUGCCUCAAAAGCAAUAAGUUGACUUUACAAAAAUAAUGCAAGUAAACCCACUGGAACUUGGAACUUGGAAGUUGACUUAAUUUUUAUAAUUAUGCUGAAUGUACUUACUUUUUUAAAAAUCAAUUAAUCCCUUUUUACAGUGUCAGACUAUUUUAGCACGUCUGUUUUCUAAUUAUUACUGUAAUUAUCACAAUAUUACAUAUAUGGUGGUUCAUUAAGUCUAUAAAAUCUACACUGAAAAAAAUUAUUCAAAGAUGAUUGCUUGGAUUUACUCAAUUUUUUUACGUUAAGUGGUUGUAAACAAUUUAUUUGGGCUGAAUUUAAACAAACAAAUUAAGUUGAACAUUAUUAAAUUUAAUUUGUUUGUUUAAAUUCAACACAAAUAAGUUGUUUGCAACAGUUUUGCAUGCAACACUUUUUUUCAGUGUACAAUUAUAGCCUGUAUUGAAUUUAGAAGACACACUGGAGUCUGGAAGAGCAGAAUUAUUUUACUGUAUGUCAUUUUGAUAGAUACAGAAAAGCUGGGGAAAAACAAAUAAAAUAAAGGUGUACUGGAAAAAAGUGAUUAGUUUACUUUUAGUCAACUUAACAGUUCCAAGGUACAAUGGGUUUACUUACUUU